AUGUCAAAUGUCCUGCCGACCGAAUUGCUACCUCUUUUAUUGGGUUCCUCUUCAUCAUCGUCAAAGGAGCUUCGCUUUGGUCGAAUCAAGGAGAAUUUUGAUCAAAAGACGCAGAGCUGUUGCCAUAGAGACUGCAGUGCGGUGAUAGGUGACCUCGAUAGUAGUGAUGAGAAAAGAAACGUGCAGGAACAACUGCGUAGUCUUAAGAGACGAUGUGCCAAGCUGGAAAGGAAAUUGCAGGAAAAGGAAGCGGAGAUUCAGUCGAUGCAAGACCAGCAACAACUGCGGUUUUCACAAUUGAUGCAUGAGACGAUGCGCAACCUGCGUUUUCUAGAGACUCAUCAAUGUCGUCCAAAAGCAAGCGAUUGGCCGCUAUCGCAUUCUGUAAUGAGUGGCAUGGCCCACGAGAGACGAGAUGCCGAUGUUCAGAUUUAUGAAUACGAAAAGCAGAUUGCAGAGCUGUAUGAGGAGCAUCAGCAGGAGAAACGGAAGCAUGAGGUGUUAGUAAAAUGUCUACGUGAUCAUAAACACGCUAAGGCAAAAUUGGUGAAGGCGUGUAAACACAUUAAGCAGGAACUUCAAGCAGUGAAAGAUAGUGGGUUAAGCCAAAUGCUGGUGGAUAUUGAGGCCAAAUGCGAUGCGUUAGAAAAGGAAAAUGCUCAAAUUACAGAAAAACUCUUGGCUGAACGUUUACUGCGUGAAAAACUAGAAGCAGAACAAUCCAUCAUCACUAAGAAACUCGAAGAUAUGAUUUCUCAAUCUACGAAGUGGGAAGGUAUUGUCACCAGGAAAAAUGAAAGACUGCAACAAUUACGCGAUCAGAUAUGUGAGCAUCAGCUUACGAUCGACAACUUGAAAGCUGACUUGAGACUUGGAGAUCGGUUGCCUAACCAUCAUCACGAAGAAAACGUUAAAGAGAUCACGCGAUUAAAGCACAUCAUCAGGGUGGAAAAAGCAGCAUUUGACGAAAGCAGCAAACAUAUCAGCAAGGUAGCAGCAGAGAAUGAUAUAUAUCGUCAACAGCUUGCUACGAAAAAUGAAAACGUGCUCUCCAGAGAGCGUGGUGCUUCUUGGGCAGCUCAAGAUACGCUUGAUCGGAUGCUCUUCCAGGUUGGGCUUAUUAAAAGUAAGCUAAGCGCACUUACAAAGGUCGUCAAAGCGUAUAAAACAACAAAUUCCAUGAACAUCGGUAUUCUUAAUGAAGGGAAUUGGUUCCAAGAGAGUUACCCUCAUGGUGAAAAUUCACGCUCAUGUGAAGAGUGUGCGAUGCAGCUAGCUGAGGGUGUAUCUGAAGCAGCUUGCUGUCUGUCUGAGUUGCAAGAUGUAGUCGAGGACACAUGUGCUCGAUUGACGGGAAGCUCUUGCGUCUUACAAUAA